GCCGGCUCGUCCCGCGGCGGCGGGACGCCCUGCACUGACCGCCGGGGCCCGCGCGCGCCCUCGGCCCGCGCCACCAUGUAAACGGCACCGGCAGGCGCGCGCCGGUUCCUCCGCCCGGGACCCCUCCGCCCCGACCCGGGCCCCGCGGCCCUCGAUGAGGACACGCCAUGCUCACCGGGGUGACCGACGGCAUCUUCUGCUGCCUGCUGGGCGCGCCCCCCAACGCGGUGGCGCCGCUGGAGAGCGUGGAGUCCAGUGAUGGCUACACCUUCGUGGAGGUCAAACCCGGCCGCGUGCUCCGCGUGAAGCACGCGGGACCCGCCCCAGCCCCCACCCCGCCCCUGCCGCCGCCGCAGGACGCCGCGCAGGGGGACAGGUCUGGCUUGGUGCGCUGCCAGCGCCGGAUCACCGUGUACCGCAACGGGCGCUUGCUGGUGGAGAACCUUGGCCGGGCGCCCCGCGCCGACCUCCUGCACGGGCAGAACGGCGCCGGGGAGCCGCCGGCCGCGCUGGAGGUGGAGCUGGCCGACCCGGCGGGCAGAGACGGCCGCCCGGGCCCGGGCAGCGCGGGCAGCGGCAACGGCAGCAGCGGGCGGCGGCGGCGCGCGCGGCGCCCCAAGAGGACCAUCCACAUUGACUGCGAGAAGCGCAUCACCAGCUGCAAGGGCGCGCAGGCCGACGUGGUGCUCUUCUUCAUCCACGGCGUCGGCGGCUCCCUGGCCAUCUGGAAGGAGCAGCUGGACUUCUUUGUGCGCCUAGGCUACGAGGUGGUGGCCCCAGACCUGGCAGGCCACGGGGCCAGCUCCGCGCCGCAGGUGGCCGCAGCCUACACCUUCUAUGCACUGGCCGAGGACAUGCGCGCCAUCUUCAAGCGCUACGCCAAGAAGCGGAACGUGCUCAUCGGGCAUUCCUACGGCGUCUCCUUCUGCACAUUCCUGGCGCACGAGUACCCAGACCUGGUGCACAAGGUGAUCAUGAUCAACGGCGGGGGCCCCACGGCGCUGGAGCCGAGCUUCUGCUCCAUCUUCAACAUGCCGGCCUGCGUGCUGCACUGCCUGUCGCCCUGCCUGGCCUGGAGCUUCCUCAAGGCCGGCUUUGCCCGCCAAGGGGCCAAGGAGAAGCAGCUGCUGAAGGAGGGCAAGGCGUUCAACGUGUCGUCCUUCGUGCUGCGGGCCAUGAUGAGCGGCCAGUACUGGCCCGAGGGCGACGAAGUCUACCACGCCGAGCUCACCGUGCCCGUCCUGCUCGUGCACGGCAUGCACGACAAGUUCGUGCCGGUGGAGGAGGACCAGCGCAUGGCCGAGAUCCUGCUCCUGGCCUUCCUGAAGCUCAUCGACGAAGGCAGCCACAUGGUGAUGCUCGAGUGCCCGGAGACCGUCAACACCUUGCUGCACGAGUUCCUGCUCUGGGAGCCCGAGCCCCUGCCCAAGGCCCUGCCGGAGCCCCUGCCCGCGCCCGCGGAGGAGAAGAAGUAGCCGCCGGGCCGGCGGGGCAUCGCUCUCGGGGAGCGGAGCGGCAGGAAGACGAGGCCAGGCGGGGCCAGGCCAGGCCGGGAGGGCGCCCGGUCUGCAGCGCGGCGCGGGCCCGGGCGGGCGUUGGUGGCGCGCCAGGGAGCCGGGUGGACACUCCGCUCUCUGCUUCUGUCCCGCAAGACCCCGCGUCGGUGUUGC